GUUAAAACUCUCUCAUAUAUAAGCCACGCAUCACCUCCUGCCAAAGCCCUUGUGCUCUCCGUUUCUUCUCACAUCAGCUGCAGUCUCCAAGACGGUAAGUGAGAAAUGGUGAAGCAUAACAACGUUGUGCCAAAUGGGCACUUCAAAAAGCACUGGCAAAACUAUGUAAAGACUUGGUUCAACCAGCCCGCGAGAAAGACCAGGCGCCGCGUUGCUCGUCAAAAGAAGGCCGUGAAGAUCUUCCCUCGUCCGACGGCGGGCCCUCUUCGCCCCAUCGUUCAUGGGCAGACUUUGAAGUACAAUAUGAAGCUCAGGGCUGGGAGAGGCUUCUCGCUUGAAGAACUUAAAGCUGCAGGAAUUCCCAAGAAGCUUGCUCCAACCAUCGGUAUAUCAGUUGAUCAUCGUCGUAAGAACCGAUCUCUGGAGAGCCUUCAAGCUAAUGUUCAGAGGCUGAAGACAUACAAGGCCAAAUUGGUUGUCUUCCCAAGACGUGCUCGCAAGGUCAAGGCCGGUGAUUCCGCUCCAGAGGAACUGGCAACAGCAACCCAAGUACAAGGACCCUACAUGCCGAUCACCCUUGAGAAGCCCACAGUGGAGCUUGUGAAGGUUACUCAAGAGAUGAAGUCCUUCAAGGCAUACAACAAGCUACGCGUGGAGCGAAUGAACACACGCCAUGUCGGGGCAAGGCUGAAGAAGGCUGCAGAGGCUGAAAAGGAAGAGAAGAAGUAAACAAGGUCCGACUUUUAUAGGCAGCAGCAUUUUGAAGUCUAAUGUGGGACUGCUUUUUGCACUUAGAUUUUGAUUCUGUUUGUUAUAGUUAUUUGAGACUUGUAGUUUUAGUUUUGAUGACAUGUGUUCAGUUUAUGAGGUUUAAGAUUUCUUGGCUAUAUCAUUUGUGUGAACCUUUGCCUGUCUUGGUUUUGAGUAUUUUAUUUAAAGAGGUAAAAUUCUGGCACUCUUAA